AUGGCGGCUAGGAACACUGGUGCCCGACCUGGUGGUCCAAACAAGACAUGUCAGUUCAAGUUAGUUCUACUCGGCGAAAGUGCUGUCGGUGUGUUUCACUUUUUUUUUGUAUUGUUCACAUAACAGUUCCUCGAAAGCUAUUUUUAUAUUAGAUAAUUUUUGAAAAACGUUUUCAUGAGGAUUUCAAAUUUUACUCUUAUUCGCGAGGUCACUUUUAUCCCUACGUUAUUCUUACUUAGUUCAUUUUAAAACGUUUGCAAUAAACAACCUAACACUUAUGUUUAUGUAGCAGUUCAGAUCAUAUUACAAAUAUAACAAAGCUCGACGUAAACAGUCCGCUUGUCUACAUUAAGCUAUUUUAGGAAAAUCUUCUCUCGUUCUUCGUUUCGUUAAAGGACAAUUUCACGAGUAUCAAGAAUCAACCAUCGGCGCUGCAUUUUUAACGCAGACGGUAAAAUUUAUCAACUUAUCCCCUUGACUUCCACCUCAUCUUAACUAGUUCGGGUUCAUCGAUAGUUCUGUUUUUUGAUAAAAUCUUAAAACUUGAUGAAUUCAUGAAAACUAAUUUUUUGAAAUUUUUUUUAAACCAAUUUUUCCACAAAAUAAUUAAUGCGACGGUUUUUAAAGGACUUGAUUCUCAUCGUUAGUUCAAUUUUUUCCUAUUCGUAGACAAAGUUUUAUCAUCUUAGGUUUGCUUGGAUGAUGCGACGGUCAAGUUUGAAAUAUGGGAUACAGCGGGUCAGGAGAGAUAUCAUUCCUUGGCUCCAAUGUAUUACCGCGGUGCUCAAGCUGCUAUAGUUGUUUAUGAUAUAACUAACCAGGUAAACUUCUAACAGUCAUUGUGUAGAGUUCAGUUUUUAUGUUUUGAGGAAUCUUUUCAAAAGGCUAAGAACUGGGUCAAGGAAUUGCAACGACAAGCAUCCCCGAACAUUGUUAUGGCUUUGGCUGGAAACAAAGCUGACAUGGCUAAUAAGGUGAGUAAAAGUUUUACGUGAAGAUAUUAUGUAUACAUUCAUCAAAUUAAACGAUUCAACUUUCAGCGAGUUGUCGAAUACGAAGAAGCACAAGCUUACGCAGAGGAGAAUGCGCUGUUGUUCAUGGAAACUUCUGCCAAAGUUAGUUAACAUUUUUUAAUAUCAAUUUUUUUUCAGAAAAAAAAGUUUUUUUUUCAGACUUCGAUGAAUGUUAAUGACAUAUUCAUGGCUAUCGCGAAAAAGUUGCCCAUCGGACCUCCACAAGGAGAAACUACUGGCACCGUCGAUAUGAAUCAGCCUCAGCAACAGCAAAAGGGUUCAUGCUGUAAGUGA